CCGGUCCGAGGCGGAAACAAAAGGUAAAAAAUAUUAUGCCGGAUUGGGCCGAGUCGAACCAGGUCAGAAGGAAGAUGAACAGCUUGUAGUCAGUAGUCGUAACCAUUCUUUGAAGAGAGCCAUCGAAUUCGAAUGAGAGAAGAACACGUUUUGCACAGUUGCUGAACCGUGGCUUGUUUUUUCCUUCCAUUGUUGAUGCCUGUGAUCUGUUAACUGCUUGUUAUAAGGUGAUUCCUCCUUUCUCCAUAUCAAAGAAAGUGAGACUGCGAUCCUGGCUAACAAAUUGUUUGAAAAUCUUCCUAUUUUGUUGAAAGAAAACGUUUCCAUACGAUCAUCCAGAUGGCCUAUGAACUAAAUGAAAUAAAGAAAAUUGGAUUGGGUCUCAUUGGCUUUGGCAUCUUUUUCUCAUUUCUUGCUAUACUUCUGUUUUUCGAUAGGGGUUUACUUGCCCUAGGGAAUAUAUUUUGGUUAGCAGGUGUAGCCAUAUUGCUUGGUUGGCGUUCUACUUUGAAUAUUUUUACAAACAAAGCAAACUACAAGGGCUCUGUGUCUUUUCUUCUGGGGCUUUUCUUCAUUUUUGUUCGCUGGCCUAUCGUUGGUAUAAUCUUGGAAAUAUAUGGCUGUAUUGCUCUCUUUGGUGGCUUUUGGCCAUCUGUUACGGUGUUCCUCUAUCAAAUUCCAGUUGUUGGAUGGAUUAUACAGUAUCCUGUUCUGCUUCUUGAUCGCCUGAGAGGUGGUCCUGCUUGAGGAAUUUUUUUGGUCCAGUUCUUCUGAUAAAGUGCUUGAAUAUCCAUGUAUCUUUUCCAAUGCAAUUUAAAGAGGUGAUUAAGAGACUUGGAAUUUUAAGCCGGUCAAUUGUCCAUCUCUCGAUGAAAUCAAGAGAGGAGAAACUAUUGGAUAUGUGUCUUAGCAAUUGGGGGGAGUAAGUCAGCCUCGUUUUCUGUUAGUUAUUCAAUGCUUAAGCAAAUUCUUAAAGAGCUAACCUUUUUUUCUGGUUUGUUGACUUGUCGGCUCGAGUAACUGUUGUGUUCGUUGUGCAUAAUUUAUUAAGGUGCAAAAUCAACAAGUUGAUGAAAAAUAGUUGAAUGUACAAACCAACUUAAUUCAAUGUAGUACAGUUGUGAGGUGAA